AACUCUCACAGCAACGAGUCAUGACUGUGACCAGAACGUUCUCAGAUUUGACAAACGAGUACAACGGGUACGUGAACAAUGUCACGCGGCCGUUGUUCGUCGUCUUCCUCGACACCGUGGAGACCAUGAGGGAGUUUAGCGCGAUCACAGAGACCAUAAAACCUAUGUCUUUCCCCUUCUGGCUCGUUAUGUUUCUUCAGCAUUCUCUCGAAAAGUAUUGCAAACGUCCUACUGAUAAUGUAUUCAACGUGGACUUUGGCACUCAGAUGCUGGUCCUGUGCUAUGAUCGUCCAAACCUGGCCGAAUGGUAUGCCAUUCGCCACAAUAUCACCAGAACGUUCGAUUUAGCCACAUGGUCUUCCGACAGAGGUUUGAUCUUGAAGACGUCAGACAACUUCUUUGCCAGGAGAAGCGACAUGUUCGGCGGCGUAAUGCGCGUGGGGUCAGUAAGAAACUCGCCACUGGUCUCGUAUGAGAAUGGUAUGCUCGGUGGAUUUCUUGGUGCGCUGCUGAUAGAACUUAGCAAAGUGAUGAAUUUCACGAUAAAGCUUGUGGAUCCAGUGGAGACAUUUGGCGCGUUGAAUGAAAAGACGGCAGUCUGGACAGGUGUCAUUGGUCAACUAAUAGCUGACGAAGCUGAUCUCGGCGUAUCCGCGUUUACGAGGACAACCCAAAGACAAGGUUUCGUCGACUUUACCAUAUCAUUGACACGAUCAAAAUACUACCUCUAUUUUAAGCAGUCUGAUAAGAAGGAUGUGGACUGGGCCAUGUCUUUUAAAGCAUUUAGCUUUGAAGUAUGGAUAUCAAUAGUAAUAUUAAAAAUAAUCGCUACAAUUAUAUUGACUAUUAUGAAGACGAAGGGAUUCUCGAUAAAUUUAAUAUUCGAAAACUAUAUUAAUGUUUGGGGCAUUUUGUGCCAGCAGAGUCUACCAGUAUUGCCCAAAGAAAUACCAAUGAGAUUGGCUUUUUUAUCGUUGUGUAUUACAUCGAUAGUAACUGUGGCUAUGUAUUCCGCUUCGGUGAUUAGCUAUCUCACGAGUUCUAUGCCCGAAUUGCGUUUUACCUCUUUGGAACAUUUCGUUAAAGAUAGCUCUUACAAAUUUCUCGUACUGCAAAACGGCGCUGAGCUCGAGCUUUCUAGUCACGUUACGGACUCUGUAUUUAUUAAACUAUAUGCAUUAAGGGACGUUGAACAUCGCUUGCCUGCAACAUUGUCGGAAGGAUUUAAACAAAUCUGUGAGCGAGAGAAGGUGGCGUUUUACACGACGGAAUUGAACCGAAUAUCUUUGAAUAAUGAAAUACAAUGUACGAUCGGAUAUAUCAGUUCUGGAAGAAUCGAUAAUAUGGCACUAAUGCUAGCGAAAGGAAGUCCUUACACCAAGUUUAUAAAUUAUCACCUUCGGCGAUUUAAAGUCCAAGGUGUUAUGAGCAAGUUGAAGAAUGAAUAUUUGCCAAAAAAUAUUCCUCAUCACGAUACUAUUUUUGUUAAAGUCAGUUUGUUCGAGGUAACGCCGAUUUUGACGAUAGUGGCAGGUAGUAUGAUGGUCGCACUAUUUAUCUUAAUAAUCGAAAAAGUGUAUUAUUCGUUUAAAACUCGAUCUAAAAACAACAAACUGUUUAUUAAAAAAUUUAGUCAUAAUCUUGACGUAAAGAAUAAAUGUCAAAGGAAAAAUAAUGAUCUAAAUCAAAUAUUUAAAGAAUUUUAUUAUAAUAGACCAUUUGGAUAUUGGCCAUAACACAGAAAAAAAGAACUGCUUUGAAUGCUAGGUAUAUACAAAGACGUAAAACAGUAUUUGCAAUAUGUAAUAAAAGUUAUUAAUCUAUUUAGCAAGUAUAAUAAAAUAUUUUAAAAUUUAUC